AUGGAGUACGAAAAUUCGUUGGAAAUCUAUCGGAUCAACAUUGCACUUAUUCGUCGGUUGACUAGAGUCGUUGGGGCAGAUAUCCUGAGACCAAACUACCGUCCGAACAUCCGCACCCUGAGAACGCUAACAUUUGUAAUAAUUUACUUCGGCUGCAGUUUCUACACUUUCUGGUACUAUUCAUCCGAUUACAUUCAAAUCUUGAAGACUCUGGCUCCGCUUGGCAUUGGCCUUCAGGGUUUGUACAAGUUGUACAACGCUGUGAUACAGAGGGAAUUCUUCAUCGCCCAAGAACACAAUUUGGACCAAUUUCAUCAGAAAAACAAACACCAUCCGAGGAAAAAGCUUAUUACAAAACGAAUGGCGCAAACGUAUACUGUGAAUAAGCUAUUGUUGGCGGCGUAUGCUUUUACCAUCGCCGGAUUCGGUUUUUAUCCGUUGUACUACUACGUCAUAUACCGAGAGAAGGCCUUGGCACUUGCAGUAUUAAUACCCGGAAUCGAUUGGGAGUCCAAUGUGGGUUAUGCGAUAACCGUUGUCUUUCACUUCUCGCUUCUGACGCUGGCCCUCACCGGAAUAACGGCUGCAGAUUCAGCGAUCUUGGCGUUCAUCGCCAACUUGACAACCCUGGUUGAGGUCUUCAAGGGUAGUUUGCAGGAGAUCAACAACCUGCUGGAAGCACCUGUACGCGAUGUGGAAGCAAUCCGACAGAAAACCAAGGAAAUCUUUGCCGAACACUACGCGAUCAUAAGGUAUCAGUUGGAGUUGGACAAGAACUAUUUCACGUUGAACUUUGUUCAAGUUACGACUUCGGUAUGCAGUCUGGCAAUUCAUAUGUUCCUGUGCUACAUGAUCAACUAUUUGCCGGGAUAUGGGUUCAUGAUAGGGGCCUUGUUUCAACUGUUGGAAUUUUGUCUUUUGGGCACAAUUUACACCGUUCAGAAACUCAUUCCGACGUUUUACGAAAAAAUGCUGAAGCUGAGCGUCUGUUUGAGAGUAGCCGACUUACGAUUGUUGGUGCCGUCUGACUGA